AUGUCUCGUUUUGUUAAGGCAUAUCUUAAGGCAAAACGCCUCAAUGAGCGCAAAACCCCUUUGCCUUGGACCCCUAAAUUCCUUGAGACAAGCAAAGAACCAUCUAUUCCUUUUCCUCUUCGUGAGAGGAAACAACCGCAAAGGGUAGACCUGGCGAAACACCUGAAUAUAAAAGAGGGAGACUUGGUACAGGUUAUGUAUGGCCGCGACUUUAAUCGUCAAGGAACAAUUCUAAAGAUAAAUAGAAGAAGAAAUACAGCAAUUGUUGAGGGAUGUAAUAUAGAGGAGUACGCAAACCCUGAUCCUGUGCACAUGCAUAUGCUAAGGCAGUUAGCCUUUGGCUUCCUUAAUAGCAGCAAACUAUAUGCAAGUCCUGUUGCUGCUGCUGCUGCUGCUCCUGCUCCUGAAGCAGCAGCAGCUGCUGCUUCUACGGGGGAUGUGGUAACAACAGUGACCCCAACUUUGUUACAGCAGCAGCAGCAGCAGCAGCAGCAGCAGCAGCAGCAGCAUAUCAUGCAGAAGCACAAAUACAACAGACACACAGCAGCAGCAGCAGCAAAUUUAUUUGCUGCUGCUGCUGCUCCUAAACUGGAUCGCAUGCAUCAUAUGCCGUCAGCAGCUUCUUCGGCGACGGCUGCAGCAGCUGCUGUUGCAGCAUCAGCAACAGUUGCAGCAGCUGCUGCUCCUCCUGACAAUCCACCUAACCCUGCUGCAGCAGCUGCAGCUGAUGCCCUCAAGUCCCAGUUGGAUACCAAGCCAGUAGCAGCAGCAGCUGCUGCUGCUGCAGCUCCUGCUGCUUCUCCUCCUGUUGCUGUACUAGAAGGCUUCUGGUCAAGGGCUCUUCGAUAUCUGUCUGUUUUAUUAUUGAAGGAGACAGGAGAGACAAUACAAGGAGACAAGAUAUUGUCUCCUCAGCAAGAGCCAAAUAAAGAAGUUCUUUUUGUCUUUGGACGACCAGAGUGCCAAGAACGGUUAUCUACUGUAGUAGAGAGUGUCGUUAGUGCAGCAGCAGCACUAACGGAGAGGAGACAAAAAAGAGACAAAAGGGGAGAGAGCAGCAGCAGCCGGGGAGAAAAAAGAGGAGAAGGAAAAGAACAAGAAGGAAUAGAGGAAGAAUUAGGAGAAGAAGGAGACGAAGAAGGAGUGCAACAGCGGUGGAGCGAGGGGCUGCAUGUAUGGGUAGCAGCAGCAGCAGCAACAGAGCAGAAGGGUAGUGCUCGUUCCCGUACAGAAGUUGCCCUCGCACAUGCAUGCGUAUUGGCUGUGGACUUUGACCAUAAGGCGUCUCCUUAUGGAUGGUCAAAGAAGACGCUCUCUCGUGCCCCAAAGGGGAAGGGAUCGUCUGGGAUCGGGUCUGGGGAUCGGAUCCCAGGGGAUCCGUUUUUUGAGGAACCGAUCUCCGAGGAUCCGUUCCCAACCCCACACUGGCCUAACGAUCCCUACUUGCUCUCAGGGGCACAAUGGGAGCUGCAAGAGGAGGGAGGGGUCCAGGCGCAGCAGGCAUGGAAGGCCUCAAUUGGCGGAGGCGGCACAGUACUGGAGCAACCUUUGAAUACAAUAGCAGUAAUUGAUUUUGGUUUUAAUUUGGCUCAUGAGGACAUGGUAGACAGCUGGUGGAGAAAUGUUUCCUUCGAUUUCCCCGAAUACUCCGAGUGGCCUCAUAAUUGUUUUGAUGGAAUUGACAACGAUGGAAACGGAUAUGUCGAUGACUGCAUGGGAUACAGCUUUGCCGACCGCAGUGCUGAUCCCUCUGCAUUCUACGGGCCUCAUGGCACAGCUGUCUCGAGUGCAUGCUGUGCCACCACAAACAACGACAAAGGCAUUGCCUCUUUGGGUUGGAAUUUGCGCCCUAUGGCUUUGAAAGUUGACGGGUCGUAUUCUCAAAUUGCAGAGGCCCUCAACUACGCAGCCGACAAAAUGGUUCAAGUUGUAAACAUGAGCUUUGGGGGACCGCCUUCGGCUGCAUUGCGAGCAACACUUGCAGUGGCUGCUGCUCGUGGUAUGAGCUUGGUGGUGGCAGCAGGAAACCACCGUUGUGAUUUUGCUUCCGUAUACACUGCAGCAUGUUUAUCUCCUAAAGGAGUUGUCAAGGGCUUCCCAGCUGCAUAUGGCGAUCUCUUUCCCAACUUAAUUGCCGUCGCUGCAAUUGCAGCUAACGGAAAACCAACAAGAUUUACAAACUUUGACUCUUCCAAAAAUCCGAAAAUUCAUGUACUUGCUCCGGGUUACAUCAAAGCGAGCGGAACAUCGUUUGCUACUCCAAUAGUUACUGCAUUAGUGGGCCUUCUUCGGUAUGAGAACCCUGAUAUGACCGCAGAGGAGGUGAAGGAGGUGUUGGUACACUCUUGUUAUAAGGCCUCGCAUGCAAUCCUAGAAAGAGUAGCCAAGUGCGGGGGUGUCGUCAGUGCCACAAAGGCCUUUAAGAAAGCAGGCCUCCUCCCGUCUCAUGGAAAAAGAAAACGAGCUAAAAUCAAAACCCACUAA